GUUAAAUGUCCAUCAGACCGUGAUUUCAUCCCGAACCCAUGGGAAAAUGUUGCACAAUACGUUAUGUAAGUGGUACAGAACGGAGGGCAUUUAGGUAAUAGAGUUCAGUUGUUAAUGCUAUGGAAAACGACGGUAAUUUCGCAACCCAGGUCUAGCAAAGGGAUGGAGUUCCCUGUGGACGGCCUGGUCAGCGUGAGCCAAGAGAUCCUGGAGAGAUCAGCCCAGGACUACAUGAACAGCCUUCUCCACAGCCCCCUUGACUCACCCCAACACCUCACCCUCGCAAACAACACACAGGUGCCCAUUGGUCUUUCCAAUGUGGGUUUCGUUCCUCUAUAUGGAGACAACAUGAGACAGAAAGUCCUCGCCCUGUUCUCCCAACAGGACCAGUUUACAGCGGUGGGGCUGUACCUGUUGGAUCAAUGGUGGUCACUGGAGAAUAUCUUAAAAACAGCAAACCCUGCCAAAGAUGGAGCUGUGGAGGUGGAGACCAUAGGGGAGCGGAUAGUUCUGUAUGUUUUGAACCGUGUGGUGUACAGAGCCAAGGAGAUUAGUUCAGGCGAACUACCUUUCCUCUGCCACGGAGAGAACGACUACGCCAAGAUCCUUUGGAAAGACGGACAGGCUGUCGGCUUCUACUCAGUCAAACCUUCAGGCAGCUUGUGCAGUUCCUUCUUAACCCAAUGCUAUCACAUUCCUGUCAUGGAUUCCAUAUUCGUCAGGAAGUGUCACCGUGGCAACGGUCUGGGUCUUCAGAUGCUGGAGAACUUUGUUGACAGUUUCAAAGAGGAAUACCUUGGGUUGAGAUACCCCCUUUCAAAAGCUAUGUACAAAAUGUGUGGGAAGUAUCUGAGCCUGUACCCAGCCCACAGAGACCUACUGUGGGAAGUGGAGAGUGUUGGAGGACCCAGCCAGAGGACCAACAUAGCCAACAAGAUCCAGGCCAUGGCCAUGAGCACCUUAUCCAAGAACCUAUCUUUUACGGAGCACUCUGUAGUGAACCGUGACGUGGUUGAAAACGAGGUGGUUAUGGAGGAAGUGACUUCACACUUACAGGAACAGGAAGCCAUGGAGUACACCGUUGAAAUUGUGGAGGAAGUUACACUGGUCAGGGUGCCAAAAGAGAAUGAAGAAAUGCCGGUUACAACCAGAGGAAGGAGCAGUGGCCUCAAAUGCAAGAAGAUCUUAGAGGAAAGCAAAUCAGAGAAAGUCCUCAGGAUUGAGGAUAUUGAAGCAGAGGGGGAGACUCCCAAAGAGAAGCCAGUAGCAGAGCAUCAGCAAGAGAAUAAAGACGUUGUUGCUGAAUCUGACAAAGAGGAGUUGGCUGAGGAUGUCAUUGACACGGCCAUGGGGGACACAGCAGUAGAGCCUGAGCUUGGAGAGGAGAUUGGAGAGACUGUUACAACACAGACACUUCAGAUUCAGAAAGCCGCUGUGUUGCUGGUGGACCUGAAAGAAACCUUGCAACCACAAGUGGAGGUAGAAAAUGUGGCAUCAGAGAUAGAGAUAGAGGUGGAGGAGGAGGCUCCAAAGGAGGUGGCAGAAACCGAUGAAGAAACAGCCGAAGAACCCUCUAAGGAGGAAAAGAAAAGAAGCCUCACAAAACCUGUUGAGGCUGAAGAGAAGACAGUGAAAGAAGAGCAGCCAGCAGUUGAGAAACCUGCUGAGGUAAAGGAGAAGAUCUCACCACCUGAAAAGGAAGUGGUAGCUCCAGUGGUAAAAACAAGAGUCCUUCGGAGAGGAAUAAAAAGUGUACCAGCUACCCCGACUCCAAAACGCAAGUACACAAGAAGAGUCAAACAACCUGUGGAAGAGGAGAAUGAGGAAGAGGUGGCUGAGGAAGAAGUAGAGGCAGCUGUAGUGGAAGCCAAAGUUCUGAGAAGAGGAAGGAGAUCUGCCCCUCCUCCUGCCCCUGCCACACCUAGACUCAAAUCCACACCAACUGUUGUUGAAGCGGAAGAGGCAGAAAAACCAGAUGAAACAACAGAGGAGGAAGUAGACGACGAAGUCCAGGAAAAAGCUGUUGAGGAAGAGAAGGCUACAACAACAACAACAACAACAACAAGCCAAGAGGAAGAGGAAGUGGAAAGCUUUGAGGAGGUUGUGGAAGUUCCUCCAGUUGUGGAAACUAGAGCUAAGAGGAGCAGGACAAAAACAGUCACAGCAGCCACACCCAAACGAAAGUCCUUACGAAGCAAGUCUUCUGUGGAUUAUAAGGAACAAGAUGCAGAGGAGGAGGAAACAGGAAAUGAAUCCACAGUGGAAGAAGGGGAGGAUAAUGUAGAGGCAGAAGAGGUGAGCGUAGUAGAGGAAGAAGAAGGGUUCCCGGUGGCUGAGGUUGCUGUUGUCGAGGAGUCAGAGAAGCAGCCUGAGGAACACAAAUCAGAGAAAGUCAUCAGGAUCGAGUGGGAGACUCCUAAAGAGAAGGCAGUGGCAGAGCAUCAGAAUAAAGAAGAAGAUGCUGCUGUUGCUGAAUCCGACAAAGAGGAGUUAGCUGAGGAUGUUGUUCAGACAGCCACGGCGGACACAGCAGUAGAGGCAGAGCUUGGAGAGGAGAUUGGAGAGACUUUUGCAAAACAGACACUCAAGCUUCAGAAAGACACUGUGUUGCUGGUGGACCUGAAGAAAACCUUGCAACCACAAGUGGAGGUAGAAAAUGUGGCCUCAGAGAUAGAGGAGGUGGAGGAGGAGGCUCCAAAGGAGUUGGCAGGAACCAAUGAAGACAAAGGAGAGAACAACGAAGAAAUAGGCAGACCAAGAUCCACUCGUAUCACGAAACCUGUUGAGGCUGAGGAGACCGUGGAAGAGGAGCAGCCAACAGUUGAGGAACCUGCUGUGGAAGUGGAGAUCUCGCUACCUGAGGAUGAAGAGGAGGCUCCGGUUGUAGAACCUAGAGUCCUGAGUAGAGGAAGAAAAAGUGUUCCAUUUACUCCGACUCCAAAACACAAGUCCAAAAGAAGAGGCAAACAGCAUGAGGAAGAGGAGAAUGUGGAGAUGCCAGCAGAAGAAGAGGCACCAGUAGUGGAAGCCAGAGUUCUGAGGAGAGGAAGGAAAUCGGCUUCUGCUCCUGCCACACCUAGACGCCAAUCCACACAUGCCACUAAAGCACCUAAAGAGGAGGAGGUGGCUGAAUCUGUUUGGGAAGCUGUGGAAGAAAAGGAGAAAGUAAAACCAGUGGAGGAGGUAAGGGCAGAGGAGAAAGCCACACUAAUGGAUGAAGAGGGCAUGGUGGAGGAAGCUGCAACAGUGGAGAGUAUGGAGGAAGAAAGGGUGGCAGUGGAAGCCAUAACUGAGGAAGAUGGAAAGGUAGAGGAAGAGAAGGAAGAGGAAGCUGAAGCUCCACCUGAAACUGCAACAGUGGAGGAGGAGAGUGUCGCAAAAGAAAAUGUGGAUGAAGAAGCAACAGCUAAGGAAGGGGAAGAGCAGGAAGCGGAGAGAGUGGAAGAAGAAAAUAUUGAGGAAGCUGCAGCAGAAACUAUUAGUGUGGAAGAAAAUAUGGAGGAGGAAGCAACAACCACAGUGGAAGAAAAGGAAGAGGAAAAAGUGGAAGAAGUGAAGAAAGAGGAAACACUUAUUGAACUACUUGUAGAAAAACUAGCUGAAGACGUUGCUGGGAUAGAAGAGGUAGAUAAAGUGGAGGAGAAAGAGGAAGCAAAGCCAGUUGAGGAAGAGAAGAAGACUUCACCACCUGAGGAGGAAGAUCAAGCUCCAGUAGAGGAGAAAGAGGAAGCAAAGCCAGUUGAGGAAGAGAAGAAGACUUCAUUUGAGGAGGAAGAGCACGCUCCAGUUGUAGAAACAAGAGUUUUGAGGAGAGGAAGAAAAAGUAUUCCAGCUACUCCGACUGCAAAGCGCAAGUCCACAAGAAGAGACAAGCAAGCGGAGGAGAAAGACCCAGCUGUGGAAGAAAAGGAACCAGUAGUGGAAACCAGAGUUCUGAGGAGAGGAGGCAGAGGAAGAUGUUCUGCUCCUGUCCCUGCCACACACGGACGCAAAUCCACAAGAGCCUGCCAACAAACUGAGGAAGAGGAAGAUGUGGAGGCAACGGUUGAACCUGUACCAGAAGCGAUGGAGGAAAAGAUGGAGGAAGAGAAGGAAACAGAGAUAGUGGAAGAAGACGUUGAGGAAGCUGCAGCUGAAACUAUUGGUGUGGAUGAAAAGAUGGAGGAGGAAGCAACAACCACAGAGGAGAAAAAGGAAGAGGAAAAAGUGGAAGAGAAGAAAGAGGAAACACUUAUUGAACUAAUUGUAGAAAAACUAUCUGAAGAAGUUUCUGUGGUAGAGGCAGAAAAAGUGGAGGAGAAAGAGGAAGCAAAGCCAGUUGAGGAAGAGAAGAAGACUUCACCACCUGAGGAGGAAGAGCAAGCUCCAGUAGAGGAGGAAGAGGAUGCUCCAGUUGUAGAAACAAGAGUUUUGAGGAGAGGAAGAAAAAGUAUUCCAGCUACUCCGACUGCAAAGCGCAAGUCCACAAGAAGAGACAAACAAGUGGAGGAGAAAGACCCAGCUGUGGAAGAAAAGGAACCAGUAGUGGAAACCAGAGCUCUGAGGAGAGGAGGCAGAGGAAGAUGUUCUGCUCCUGCCCCUGCCACACACGGACGCAAAUCCACACGUUCCCGCAAACAGCCUGAGGAGAAGGAUGAGGAGGUAGAGGCAGAAUUGGUAAAUGAGCAAAAGAUGGCAGAGGUGGUUGCACCUGUUCAGGAUGCUGUGGAGGCAGAAUUGGUAAAUGAGCAAAAGAUGGCAGAGGUGGUUGCACCUGUUCAGGAUGCUGUGGAGGACAAAUUGGAGGAAGAAAAAGCAGUGGACGAAGCAGAAGCUGAAACUGCACCGUUGGAAGAGGAGAGUGUUGCUGAACAAAAGGUGGUGGAGGGACAAACGACUCAGGAAGAGAGAACUGCUACUGUGGAAGAAAAGGUGGGAGGCAAAAUACCUGAAAAAGAGGAAAAGGUUGAAGAGGACAAGAAAGCUGAAGCUGAAACUGCACCAGUAGAAGAGGAGAGAGUUGCAGAAGAAAAAGUGGAGGAAGAAGCAAAACCCACAGAGGAAGAAAAGGUGGAAAACUCAACAACUGAGGAAGAGGAAAGAGUUGAGGAAGAUAAGAAAGAGGUGGAAGCAGAAGAGGAAGAAAUGGUUGAAAUGGGUGUAGAAAAACUAGCAGAUGUAGGUGAAGAGGCAGAACAAGUGGAGGAGUCAACAGCAGUUGAAAGUGUUGCAGAUGAAGUGCUAUUAAAGCCAGUUGAGGAACCUGCUGAGGAAGAAGAGAAGACCUCACACCCUGAGGAAGAAGAGAAGACCCCACCCCCUGAGGAAGAAGAGAAGACCUCACCCCCUGAGGAAGAAGAGGUAGAUGAGGAAGAACAAGCUCCAGUUGUGGAAGUAAGAGUUCUGAGGAGAGGAAGAAAAAGUGUUUCAGUUUCUCCCCCAAAACGCAAGUUGAGAGGAAAAGGUCAACAGCCUGAGAAAGACGAGAAGCUGGAGGAGCCAGAGGAGGAAGAGUCAGCUGAGGAGGAAGAAGAGGCACCCAUAGUUGAAGCCAGAGUUCUCAGGAGAGGAAGGAGAACUGCCCCUACAACUGCCCCUGCUUCAUCUAGACGCAAAUCCACACGAGUCAGCAAGCAUCCUGAGGAAGAGGAGGAUGUGGAGGCAGUUGCUGAACCUGCACCAGAAGCGAUGGAGGAAAAGGUGGAGGAAGAAAAAGCUAUGGAGGAGGAAAAGGAAGCCGCAGCUGAAACAGCACCAGUGGAAGAGGAGAGUGUUGCAGAAGAAAAGGUGGAGGAAGUAAAAGCAGUGGAGGAGGAAGGAGAAAUUGUGGAAGACGAAAAUGUGGAGAACGAGAAGGAACUGCAGAUUGUGGUAAAAGAGAAGGUUCAAGAAGCUAAAGCUGCAGCUGAAACUGAACCAGUUGAACAGGAUAAUGUUGCAGAAGAAAAGGUGGAAGAGGAAUUAAAAAGCAUAGAGGAAGAAACAACUGAGGAAGAGGAGAAAGUUGAGGAAGAGAAGAAAGAGAUGAAUGCAGAAAAGGAAACAAUUGUUGAAAUGGCUGUAGAAAAACUAGCAGAGGUUGUUGAAGAGGCAGAAAAAGUGGAGGAGGUAACAGCAGUGGAAAGUGUUGCAGAUGAAGUGGUAGAAAAUCCAGUUGAGGAACCUGCUGAGGAAGAAGAGAAGACCUCACUACCUGAGGUGGAAGAGGAGGCUCCAGUUGUAGAAACAAGAGUUCUGAGGAGAGGAACAAAAAGUGUUCCAGUUUCUCCUCCAAAACUUAAGUCCACAAAAAGAGGCAAACAAGUCCAGGAAGAGGAAAGCAUGGAGGAGCCAGAGGAUGAAGAAGCACCAGUAGUGGAAACCAGAGUUACGAGGAAAGGAAGGAAAUCUGUCCUUGCUCCUGCCACACCUAGACGCAAAUCCAAACGAGCCCGCAUAGAACCCGAAGAAGAGAAAGAGGAGAAUGAAGAGGAAAAGGUAGACGAUGCGGCUGCAACAGUGGAGAGUGUGGAUGAAGAAAAGGUGGAGGAAGCUGCGGCUGCACCAGUGAAGAGUGUGGAGGAAGAAAAGGUGGAGGAAGUGAAUGAACUGGAGGCAGAAGAAAAGGUUGAAGAGGAAACAAAAGCUGUGGAAGAAGCAAGAACUGAGGAAGAAGAAAAGGUGGAAGAAGCAACAACUGAGGGAGGAAAAAAGGUAGAAGAAGCAACAACUGCGGGGGCUGUGGUAGAGGAGGCUGAAAAUGUGGAGGAGGUGGCAACAGUGAUGAAAAGUGUUGCAGUCGAAAAGCCAGUUGAGGAAGAGAAGACCUCACAACCUGAGGAAGAAGCAGAGACUCCUGUUGUAGAAAUAAGGGUCCUAAGGCGAGGGGAAAAAAGCACUCCUGUUAAUCCUCCAAAACGUAGGUUCACACCAAAAGGCAAGCAAGCUGAGGAAAAUGAGAAGAAGGAGGAAGAAAAAGUAGAGGAGGUGGCUGAGCAUGUGCCGGAAGCUGUGGAGGAAAAGGAGCAGGAGAAGAAGGUGGCUGAGCAUGUGCCGGAAGCUGUGGAGGAAAAGGAGCAGGAGGAGAAGGUGGCUGAGCAUGUGCCGGAAGCUGUGGAGGAAAAGGAGCAGGAGAAGAAGGUGGCUGAGCAUGUGCCGGAAGCUGUGGAGGAAAAGGAGCAGGAGAAGAAGGUGGCUGAGCAUGUGCCGGAAGCUGUGGCGGAAAAGGAGCAGGAGGAGAAGGUGGCUGAGCAUGUGCCGGAAGCUGUGGAGGAAAAGGAGGUGGCAGCUGAGGAAGAUGAGGCACCAUUAGUGGAAGCCAAUAUUCUGUGGAGAGGAAGGAGAUCUGCCCCUGCCACACCAAGACGCAAAUCCAAACGAGCCCGCAAAGAACCUGAAGAAGAGGAAAAUGAGGAGGAAAAUGUAGAGGAGGAGAAAAUGGUGGUUGAGGAGAAUAAGAUGGAGGAGGAAGAAGAAAAGGUUGAAAAGCCAGCAGAGAGUGCUGCUUCAGAGACGAAAGAGGCAGAAGCCAUCGCACAGCAGCCAGAGGAGGUGGCAGAGCAAACAGAGCGGAAGGAAGAAGUAAAGAACACUGCUGAAACAGAAGAAGAAAAGGUAGCUGAUGAAGAAACAGAUAUAGCGGUAGAGAAGGAAGAAGGAGACACCACCAAUGUGGGAAAAAAUACUGACAAGGCAACAGUAACUUCUGCUACUCAAGAUGAAGUAGCUGGUAAAGCUUCAGAGGACGAGGAGGGAGAAACUCUGGUGGUGGAAGCGGAAGAGGUAGAGAAAACAGAAGAAAUGACAGAGGAAGUAGAAGACAAAGUCCAGAACAAAGCUGUUGAGGACAAGGGAGAGGCCACAACAACAACAAGCCAAGAGGAAGUGGUAGCAGAGAGCCUUGAGGAAGUUGUGGAAGUUCCUCCAGUUGUGGAAACUAGAGCAAUGAGGAGCAGGACAAAGACAGUCACAGCAGCCACACCCAAACGAAAGUCCUUACGAAGCAAGUCUUCUGUGGAUUAUAAGGAACAGGAUGCAGAGGAGGAGGAAACAGGAAAUGAACCCACAGUGGAAGAAGGGGAGGAUAAUGUAGUGGCAGAAGAGGCGAGCGUAGUAGAGGAGGAAGACGAAGAGGAAGAAGAAGUAGAGGAGGAGAAAAAAGAAAAAGCGGAGGAAGGGGCCCCGGUGCCUGAGGUUGCUGUUGUCAAGGAGACGGAGAAGCAGCCUGUGGUAUCAAGAGUUCUGAGAGUGAGGUUAACUGCCACGCCCAUAGCCACACCCACACCACAGCAGCGUACAUCCACAAAACGCAGCAAAAUAGUUACACCUGAGAAGGUCGAGCCUGAGGUGGGCAUGCUUUCAUCAGAUGAAGAGCAGAAAGAGAGCCCUGUGGAAAAGAGAAACCUCCGGAAGAGAAAAAGCAUGGAACCAACACCUGUUCGCAGAUCCAUGCGCCGCAGCAGAACUUAGACUGUGGAGAACGUUUUUUUGGUUCAGUUUUUAAAAAAUGCAUCUAUUUAGUGAAGAUUUCAUAUUAGACCAGAUUGUUUUCUUCUGUCUAUUUGUAAGUUUCUAUAAAUAGAAAAUUAGAAAAAAAAACAUACAUCACUUAACAUUUUUAUGUAAUUUUUCUGAAAGUCAAUAUGUAGUUUAUUUGAUAUCUUUUCAUAUUGUAUAUAUAUUUUGCAUUUAACCACAAGUCUGUGAACAGUUUUUUGUUGACCUUAAUGGCUGGUAACACAAUGCGUUUCAGCUUUGGUUUGGACACAAUCAUCUAAAACAACAUUUAUUCACUCAAAAUACUGCAUCCCAUGAUCUGCUAAAACAACAUUUAUGCCAAACGGUGUCUCCUCGAAUAAGAAUCAAGAAGCCUGUAAAUAAAUAUAUAUAUUUUUAAAAACAAAUGUAGUUACAUUGGGACACACCAGCACUAAUCGUCAUCAAGAAAAUAUUUUGGGCCACCAGGCUCCAUGCUCAAUCUGGUAUAUUUUAGAAAAUAUGAAAUAUUGAUAUCUACAAUAGUGCAGAUACAUAUGAAAACAUUUUUUUUAAACGUCAAUCGAAAGGACAUUGCUCAGACAUGCACAAAAACAAGAUAACAGCUCCCCUUUGUUAUAAGAUUAUUCAUAGUUUUUUAAGCAAACUAUGUUUAUUUAUAUUUUUUUUCUACACAUGUCAGUAACAGUUCUUGUGGAAAUUUGGAAUGCUUACAUUUUUACCCAUUUAUACAAAUGUUUUCAACAGAACUCAGGAUAUAAAAUCACAUUUUAUUCAGCAUAAUUCUUCAUUUGAAAUAUCUAAUGUCAACACUUUGUGUCAUUGUGUUACAUUUUGUGUGUAUUGAACAAUUUGGUACACUUUGAACAUAUUUAGUGUAAAAAAACUACUAAAUACACACUAAAAUAUUACCUCACUGAGCCAACGAGGUUCAAACCAUUUCAGUUUGUAAUUUGAAAAGGAUGUGUUUCCUGUAUUAACCUUUACCCAUGACAACAUUCCUCUGAAAAGGCAAUGCGCGAAAUUCAAAAAAUAUUUUGGGGGGAAAUAUGUCACUUUCACACAUUAACAAGUCCAAUACAGCAAAUGAAAGAUAACCAUCUUGUUAAUCUACCCACAUGGUGUCCGAUUUGAAAAAUGAUUUACAGUGAAAGCACAACAUAUGAUUAUGUUAGCUCAUAGCCAAGUCAAAAAAACACAGACAAUUUUCCAGCCAAAGAUAGGAGUCACAAAAAGCAGAAAUA